GUACCGUAAUGCCUAGUAUAUACGUGUACUGAAAAAAACCGUGCGGGCUGACUUGACUGUGAUUUUCGAAGUGGAGGCUGGCUUGACCGCAGUCAUAAAACCCCAAAAAGAAGAAGAAGAAGAAGAAGAAGAAGAAGAAGAAGAAGAAGAAGAAGAAGAAGAAGAAGAAGAAGAAGAAGAAGAAGAAGAAGAAGAAGAAGAAGAAGAAGAAGAAGAAGAGUUGUCACGGGCUUCGUUUUAGGUUUGAAAUCGGACUGUUUCUAUUCGGUGCGUGCGCAGGACUGUUUGUCAAAGUCCUCCCGUUCAACUGGCGGAGCAGCGCGGCUCUUCACAUCUCGAAGAAGGCGAGCAAGAGCGACUUCCGGUCCGCUCCUGGUCUCGUCCAAUCAGCAUCGAUUCUAGAAUUGCCGGGCCAACUCCUAACACACUAUACAUGUUGUCCGUUACCUCGGCUGAGCAACGUUGAACAAACUGUAAACACAUUCAUUCGAGGGGUACGGGCAGCACCAUACUUACGUCAGUCCCACACAACAGAGGUAUGGAUGCAGAGGGUUUCGGGGAGCUGCUGCAGCAGGCAGAGCAGCUGGCUGCCGAGACAGAAGCUGUGUCAGAGCUGCCGCAUGUUGAGAGGAACCUUCAGGAGAUCCAGCAGGCGGGGGAGAGGCUUCGUUCUCGCACCCUGAACCGCACCUCACAAGAUGCUGCCGACGUCAAAGCGUCAAUCCUCCUUGGUUCUAGAGGUUUAGACAUCUUCCACAUCUCUCAGAGGUUGGAAAGUCUGAGUGCAGCCACCACUUUUGAGCCCCUGGAGCCGGUCAAAGACACUGACAUACAGGGCUUCUUGAAGAAUGAGAGGGACAACGCCCUCCUGUCAGCCAUCGAGGAGUCUCGCCGCAGGACGUUCCUGUUGGCUGAAGAGUACCACCGUGAGUCCAUGCUGGUUCAGUGGGAGCAGGUGAAGCAGAGAGUGUUGCACACGCUACUCGGAGCAGGAGAGGACACACUGGACUUCAGUCAAGAUGUGGAGCCAAGCUUUGUGAGUGAAGUGACCGCUCCAGGAAGGAGUGCGCUGGACAGCGUGGAGGUGGCCUAUGGACGACAGAUUUACAUUUUCAAUGAGAAGAUCGUGAAUGGUCACAUUCAGCCUAAUCUGGGAGACUUAUGUGCUUCUGUCGCAGAAAGCCUGGAUGACAAGAAUGUAUCUGACAUGUGGCUGAUGGUGAAGCAGAUGACCGAUGUGUUGUUGGUUCCAGCCAAAGACACCCUCAAAAGUCGCACUUCUGUUGAAAUGCAGAUGGCCUUCGUACGCCAGGCACUCAGCUUCCUAGAGAACAGUUAUAAAAACUACACCAUGGUGACCGUGUUUGGGAACCUCCAUCAGGCCCAACUUGGUGGAGUGCCAGGAACAUACCAACUAGUGCGCAGCUUCCUCAACAUUAAACUCCCAGGGCCUUUGCCUGGCAUGCAGGAUGGUGAGAUAGAGGGCCAUCCAGUGUGGGCUGUGAUCUACUACUGUCUGCGUUGUGGAGAUCUGAAUGCAGCCAUGCAGGUUGUGAACAGAGUGCAACAUCAGCUGGGAGACUUUAAGACCUGGUUUCAGGAGUACAUGAACAGCCCUGACAGACGCCUUCCUCCGACUUUAGAAAACAAGCUCCGUCUCCACUACCGCAGAGUGCUGAGGAACAGCGCUGACCCUUACAAGAGAGCCGUCUACUGCCUGAUUGGAAAAUGUGACAUCAGUGAUAACCAUGGAGAGGUGGCAGACAAGACUGAAGACUACCUCUGGCUUAAGUUGAACCAAGUGUGUUUUGAUGAUGACAACAGCAGCUCUCCUCAGGACAGACUGACCCUGCCACAGCUGCAGAAACAGCUGCUGGAGGACUACGGAGAGUCCCAUUUCUCUGCUAGCCAGCAGCCCUUCCUGUAUUUCCAGGUGUUGUUCCUGACAGCCCAGUUUGAGGCGGCCGUGGCUUUCUUGUUUCGCGUUGAGAGACUUCGGAGUCAUGCUGUGCACGUGGCGCUGGUCCUGUACGAGCUGCGGCUGAUGCUGAAGUCGUCUGGCCAAAGCGCCCAGCUGUUGAGCCAGGAGCCCGGUGACCCUCACAUGGUACGGCGCCUCAACUUUAUCCGCCUGCUCAUGCUGUACACUCGCAAGUUUGAAUCCACUGAUCCGCGGGAAGCCCUGCAGUACUUCUACUUCUUACGAAAUGAGAAUGACAGCCAGGGAGAAAACAUGUUCAUGCGUUGUGUCAGUGAACUUGUUAUUGAGAGUCGUGAGUUUGACAUGCUGUUGGGGAGAUUAGAGAAGGACGGCAGCAGGAAGCCUGGAGUCAUAGAUAAGUUUGCCGGGGACACCAAAGUUAUCAUCGGUAAAGUGGCUCUGGAGGCCGAGAACAAGGGCUUGUUUGAGGAGGCGGUCAAACUCUACGAGCUGGCCAAGAAGUCAGAUAAGGUGUUGGAGCUAAUGAACAGGCUGCUGAGUCCGGUCAUUGCCCAGGUCAGCGCUCCUCAGUCCAACAAGGAGAGGCUAAAAAACACUGCAGUGGCUAUUGCCGAGAGGUAUCGUUCUCAGGGGACUGCAGGAGAUAAGUCUGUGAACAGCACGUUUUACCUUCUCUUAGACCUGACGACGUUCUUUGACGAGUACCACGCAGGUCACGUUGACAGAGCCUACGACGUGAUGGAGCGUUUAAAGCUCCUUCCUCUCAGUCAGGACAGUGUGGAGGAGCGAGUGGCUGCCUUCAGGAACUUCAGUGAUGAGGUGCGCCACAACCUGUCUGAAGUGCUGUUGGCCACCAUGAACAUCCUGUUCACUCAGCACAAACGCCUGAAGGGGGCACCAGCAGGCACACCUGGACGACCACAGAGGACCAUCGAGGACAGAGACAUGCAACUCCGCAGCCAGGCCAGAGCCCUGAUCACUUUUGCUGGUAUGAUUCCCUACAACAUGGCCGGAGACACCAACGCGAGACUGGUGCAGAUGGAAUUACUGAUGAACUGAGACAACGUCUCUCUCUCACUCACUCACACACACACACAACACACACACACACACACACACACACACACACACACAGACCUACAAACAAUAUUAUUUGGGCUUUAUCAGAUUAAUUCAUAUUCACACACUCACGCUCAUGUGUUGACCUUUUGUGUGUGUAUAGAAUACCACAGUCUUCAUUUUGUUCCUGGAUACAUCCUUAUAUCAUCCAUCUGAGUUCCCCUUAGUUGUCUGUUCUUUUUGUUCUGUUCGCUCUUUUUUUCAGUUUCGUUGUUUUAUAUUUGUAUCUUUGAUGAUUUUGAAUAAAAAAUAAGUGUACUUUUCA